GGAUUGAGGAACAGUUCCACUGUAGAGGAUACAUCUCUUGCUGCCCUUGGCUCUCUCUUAGCUUGUUAUCUAGCUAUCUAUCUAAUGCUAACAUGAAACAUGAUUCAUGUUCAGAACAAAUGUUCCAAGCUUGCCACAUAAUCGCAUUUUAUUGCCUGCCCCAAGACUGUAACUAACAAACGUUAUUCCCGCAUUUGAUAAUCUGAUCGUUUUUGUAGCUAGAUAGCAUAAUGUUACUGGCUUGACAAAUUCACAGCAAGCAACAGCGGUUCAACUCUACCAUUGAAAUCGUGAUGUAGGGUCACGAAAAGGUGCCUACGUCAUCUCAAGAACCACCUGCAAUUGGAAACUGACAUUUCUAAGAUACUUUUUUCAACGAAUCGAGAAUGAAGUAUCGCCAAGAACAGUUGCCAUACAGAGAGAUUUGUGAUGUAGCUACCAGUUGGUGGGAGUUGGCAACAAUCAAACAAUGGAAGAUGAUUCCCCGACUCUGAAACCCAGGCGCAUCCAGAACCAGAAUGUGGUCCAUCGACUGGAGCGGCGGCGGAUCUUCUCUGGCCGGGCUGCAGCCCACUGGUACCGCGGGCGCUGCUUCCACCAGAACCUUUUCCCAAACUUCACUGUGGUAAAUGUAGAGAAGCCUCCUUGCUUCCUACGCAAGUUCUCCCCAGAUGGACGCUGCUUCAUAGCCUUCUCCUCUGACCAGACCUCCCUGGAGAUCUAUGAGUACCAGGGCUGCCAUGCAGCGGAGGAUCUGCUGCUGGGGCAGGAUGGGGAGACCCUGGCCAACGGCAAUGACCAGCGCUCCCUCAACAUCUGCGGCCGCCUCUUUGAGCGCUUCUUUUCCCUCCUGCACGUCACUAACGUGGCUUCCAAUGGAGAGCACCUGAACCGAGAGUGCAGCCUGUUCACUGAUGACUGUCGCUAUGUGAUCGUGGGCUCAGCGGUCUACGUGCCCGAGGAGCCCUCUCCACACUUCUUUGAGGUGUACCGCAACAACGAGUCUGUGACUCCCAACCCUCGCUCUCCUCUGGAGGACUACUCACUGCACGUCAUUGACCUGCACACUGGCCGGCUUUGUGACACCAGGUCCUUCAAGUGUGACAAGAUCAUCCUCUCGCACAACCAGGGACUCUACCUCUACCGUAACAUACUGGCUGUUCUUUCUGUUCAGCAGCAGACAAUCCAUGUCUUUCAGGUGACAUCAGAGGGGUUGUUUCUGGACGUGCGGACCAUCGGUCGGUUCUGCUACGAGGACGACCUCCUGACUCUGUCUUUGGUGUACACUGAGGCCCGGGCCGAGGGCCAGCCAGGCUUCUCCCGCCUCUACAAGGAGAAGACCAUCAACUCCCUGAAGCACAGACUACUGGUCUACCUGUGGAGACGGGCUGAGAAGGACGGCAGCGCCACCGCCAAGCGACGCUUCUUCCAGUUCUUUGACCAGCUGAGACAGCUGAGGAUGUGGAAGAUGCAGCUGCUGGAUGAGCACCACCUCUUCAUUAAAUACACCAGCGAGGAUGUGGUCACCCUGCGAGUCACUGACCCCUCCCAGCCCUCAUUCUUUGUGGUGUACAACAUGGUGUCGACAGAGGUGUUGGCAGUCUUUGAGAACACUUCUGACAAACUUCUGGCGCUGUUUGAGGACUUCUGUGACCUGUUUCGUAACGCUUCGCUCCACAGCGAAGCUGUUCAGUUCCCCUGCUCAGCCUCCAGCAACAACUUUGCACGGCAGGUUCAGAGAAGGUUCAAAGACACCAUAGUUAAUGCAAAGUACGGCGGUCACACUGAGGCGGUGAGGAGGCUGCUGGGACAGCUGCCAAUUAGUGCUCAGUCCUACAGCAGCAGCCCCUACCUGGAUCUUUCCCUCUUCAGCUACGACGACAAGUGGGUAUCUGUGAUGGAGCGGCCCAAAACAUGUGGAGACCACCCCAUCCGAUUUUAUGCUCGGGAUUCUGGAUUGCUGAAGUUCAAGAUCCAGGCAGGCCUGCUGGGCCGGCCCAUUAACCAUGCUGUCCGGCGGCUGGUGGCAUUCACAUUCCACCCCUUUGAGCCAUUCGCCAUCUCAGUACAGAGGACCAACGCUGAGUAUGUGGUGAAUUUCCACAUGCGGCACGUCUGUGUAUGAGAGGAAAGCAGUGGACUAGACCUGGAGAACUGUGUAGAGCAAACAGCGGCCAUUCUGCCUUUUCCUCUCCCCCUAGUGUGAGGAACAAAAUAAGACUGGACUGUGGGAGGAUCCAGUUGACGUUGAAAUGGGGAGCUUGGGAUGGGGGCGUGGAUUCCUUACAAGACCAAAUAUGUUUUGGCUUGCUCUCAAAAUCUGUUUUUCCCUAUCACCACAUACCUUUGUUUUUGGUCAAAUUUUAUUCUUACACAUGUAUUUUUGUUUUGUGUUUUAUUUGUAUUUUAUUUCAAUAAGUGAUUUAAUCAUUGAUUGUGAUUCUUUAAGGUUAUUAUGAAUAUUUUGCUACAGUAAAAGCUAUUUUUCAUAAUAUG